GCGCACUGUAGGACGCGACUUUGUUUAGGCGAUGGAUGUUUUGGAUAGUUUGGAAGUAAAGUGGGUGCAAGGCUUCACAAGCAGCAGUGUGGAGUUUGUGGAUAAGAAAACAGCCUGCUACACCUGUGGAAAUUACAUCAUUUUUCUUAAUGUGGAAACGAAAAUGAGAGAUGUGCUUCAGGGUCCUGGUCGUGGAAUUGGGGUCUUCACAGCCAACGGGCACAGCAAAACUCUUGCCUUUUCUGAUCAGAAACUUUCCCCCUCUAUAUUUGUGUACAGCUACCCUGAACUUACCCUGAGAUCUGAGCUCAAAGGUACAGCUAAACUGGCAUACACAUCCCUGGCACUGAGCAAUGCUGGCCCUUAUUUAGCUUGUUGCUCCUCUUUACCUGAUUACACCAUCACAGUAUGGAACUGGGAAACUGGGGCAGCAGUUUGCAGCCAUCCUCUUGCUGAAGAUGAUAUUAUAACCCUGGCUUUCAGUUCAACAAAUUGGCAGCAAAUCUGUGCCAUAAAUGCAAAAUCACUCACAGUUUGGAAUAUUGAAAGAAGCAAUGAUUUCCAUCUGAUGAAACCCAGUGUAAUUGAUCUCCCUGUUAGUGAUGGCUCUAUUUUGGAGCGUGAGGUCAUCCCUUCUCACGUAACCAAUGGGAAGCUAACGUACUAUGGCCCUCAGAUGCCCACUUCAGCUAUUGCAGGGCUGGUUGAUGACAGAGCAGAUAACUUUCUGCCUCAGAAGAGUGUGAAGCCACGACUGCGCCCAUGUGCCAUCUGCUGGUCAGUUUCAUCUGACCUGUAUAUAGGAAGCAGGGAAGGAUUUUUACUGUCAGUAAACCCUGAAACAAUGCUUGUCACAGUUCUGUACAAUCCUCAGAAUAAAGACUCUCUCUCUGAUGACAAAGAGCACCUGGCGAUGAGGGAGGGCAGCUUUCAGAGCUUGGCACUGCACAAUAAUGGAGUGUUUGCUACAGGAACCGAUGGUGUUUUACGACACCUACAAAUUAAAGGAAACCAAGUUGAAGUGGUUGAGACUUUGGCUUUAGAGAAACCAGUUUCUACAUUGUGCUGUUCACCUGACAGAGAAACCCUGCUGCUGUUCUCUACCAGUGGAAGCAUAUACAAAUAUAAACCAGGGCUCACAGAUAAGGUUGUUAAAAUCAUGGACAUGCUGUGUGGAGACUUUGUCACUGCUGCUCCACUACACACAGACAACAACCUCUGUGUGUCAAUCAGAGAGUCUGGAGAGCUGCAGAUAUGGUCUCUGGAUGAGGGAUUGUGUGUUGCAUCAAUCACUUUAAAGACAAAAGUGAGCAGCAUGGUGUGUUGCCCUAUUGCUCAAUACGUAGCUGUGGGUACAGUCACGGGUCAUGUUCUGUUUGUGGAUCUGAGCAGGGUGGAGCAACCUCGACUGGUUCACAAAGUCCAUCUGUACCAUGUACCUGUUGAUCAUUUAGCUUUUGAUCAAGGGGGCAAUUUUUUGAUCACAGGAGCAUCCGAGUAUCAGAUAUUUGUUUUGCAUGCAAGACCUUCCAAAGCAUUUGAGGUUAUUGGUUACACAGAGGUAUUGGGCACCACUGUGAGUCUGUCCACUCAGUUUGAGAAAGAGAAGGAGCAGAUAAAGGUUCUAGUGCUCUGUAAUACUGAGAAGGAUCAUGGGAAAGAGGGAAAACUCAAAAAAGAAAAUCUGCUUGUGCUGCUCUCACUGUCUGUACAUCAGAUCUUAGGUACUAGAGAUUUUGUUGACCAUCGUGGCUGUCUACACAAAUAUAUCGUUCAAACCUGCGUUUAUAAGCUGCCACAUGUACUUUCUUCAUGUGUUCUGGGAACCAAAAAUAUAUUUGGUUAUUGUCACGAGAGGAAAGUUCUGCAGAGAUUUCAACUUCCAGAGACUGUGGAUAAAUCACACAGCAUAGAGGAAGCAGUUCUACUGAGUCUAGACAAAGAGGUAGAGGGUCAUUCUCUUGGUCCUGCAUCAGUGCUUCUCUCACUCAAUCAGUCCUGGCUGGCUUCUGUAGGCAGAGACGGGCUACUUCGUAUACGUAAUAUUUCCACAAUGGAGAGAUGUGUGCAAAUGCAGUGCCACUCUUGCUGGUUGGGAGGAGUUCGCUCUGUGUCUUUUACUCCUGACAGUCAGACACUCAUCACCACAGGCCUGCAAGAUGGCUCUUUGGUCUGUAGUAGACUCAGGUUAAAAACAGGUGGACAUGACAUAGUGAACACAGCUACUGAGAGUAGCCUGUCUUUGGUGGCCUCCCUUGAGGCCAUAACAUCUUAUGAGAAUUCAGUCCUCAGUAACAUGACUGACUGGAAACCACAAGCAAAGUCACCAGUGGAAUCGGCACUGUCACACAAAGAAGAGAUCAGUGAAAUAAAUAACAUGCCUGACAAGGAUAAGAGCGACACCAGCCUGCUUCCUGCAACUCAAUGCUGUUCCACAUGGCUGGAUCAUAAGCUAGAGGAAGUACUCAAACAGGAGAGCCAGCAGUUUGCAGAGACCCGGAAGAGCAUUAAGGAGAGCCUGAAACAACUGACUGACACAAUUCAGACUAUGAUGCAGGAGAAUGAGAACCUGCCAGAGAUCGAGAAGCUGGAGCAGCAGGAGUUUAAUCUGGACACAGAGGAGCAGCAGAGACUACAAGCUGAGGGGCAGCAGGAGAUCACAAGGGUGCGAAAUGAGAUUGAGAUGGAGAAUCUGGCCAAAUGCUAUCUGCGGGACAUUCUUAGGAAAGAGUGUUGGGAUUCCAUGAAAGUCAAAGAAAAAGCCAUCAAGGCCUUUCACUCAGAUUAUGAAGUGCAUAACUACCCUAUGAAGGAACGCACUGCAGAGGAACUAGAUGAGCUUCACAGGGUGGAGACCAAUCGAAAGAUUGAACUGGCCAACUCUAGUCUCCAGAAAGGCAUUUUGGAGAAUAGAAGCAAAGCACCAUUAGAGAGGGAGAGAGAGGAGGAUGAGGAGGGACAUGAGGCAGAAAGCGUAUCCUUAUCAGGAAGUCUGAGUGCUCAAACUGGAGGUUCCAACUUGUACUUAUACAGCCAGUUCAACCUGCAUGCGAGAGAGCAGAAGAUUAACCAAAUCAUCCUGCUACAGGAUGUUAUCUACAAAGUAAAAACAGCUUUCAACUCCGGGUUUGAGACUGUGUACAAGCAGAAGGAACAAGAGAUCAGCCGUGUGAGGGACAAGAACAAGCGCAUCACAGAGAUUUUAACAGAGCUGGAGAUGCAAGAGAAACUGUGGGAGCCCAGUUUAACAGACAGUGAGAGACCAGAACGAGCCCUUACCGUUAUGGAUUUAGAGAUCACUGCACAGAAAUACUUGACACCUGAGCAAAGACAUAUAGAGGAAGAGCAGAGAAACACAGAGGAGCAGAAGCGUCUUGCAGCCAAGGGUGACAAUAUCAGAGAGAGAGCUCUGGAUGAUAUGAUGAAUGGAGUACUUGUGGUCAAAAAAGAGGACAUCCUAAGAAUGGAAGUGCCAUUGCCUGAAUUUAUGAUCAAGCCUGAGCUGCAGUGGACUGACGAGGAGAGAAGAAGCUACCAAGAGUAUGAGAAAAAAGCAAAGGAGCUCAGUGAAGAAAAAGAUAAAUAUAUAAAGACGCUGGAAGCAGAGAUGAAAAAACUUUAUACAUCUAUUAAAGAUGCCACCCAGACCUUUGAUGAAACACUUAAUAAACUGUUUGAACGAAAGGUGAAAACAGAGAUGGUUAUAUACCAGGAAGAGUUAAAGAUUACAAAUCUUGCUUAUUCCUUAAUAAUUGAGGAGGACAUUGUAAACAGAGAAAAAGAACUCAACUACAGACUGGAGAAGGCAAGAACCCGGAAGAAUAAAGCUGGUGAUGCUGUGAAAAAACACAAAGAUGAUGUUGAGGCAUUUCGAGAAAUGUAUGAUAACACAGUAGCUGAGGAUAAACUUUUAGACAAAGGAUUUCGCAAAGAUUUCUUUGAUGUUUCUGGGCAUAUUGUUGACCAACUGUACAAGCUUUACAAGCGUAGACCCAGGGUGCAAAGAAUAAGGACCCAGACAGAUUACAUAAGUCCAUCUACUGAGCCUGUGUUGGGACGAGCAGCAGCAGAAGGACUCUCACAGAUGAUGAAGGCCAUGGAGGAGUUAGAUGCUCCAGAGAACAUGCCAGAGGGUGUGGACCAAGACGUCUGGGAUCGAUUCUGCCUGGCCAGAAGAAUUAAAGUGGAAAGUGAGCAGCAGGUAAAAAUAAAGGCACUGACUUUAGCAGAGAUGCAAGCUUUUCUGCAGAAGAGAAUGGAUGAGAAUGAGAAUGCACAAAUGGAAAUGAAACAUCUCAUGGAUGAACUUAACGGCCUGCGAGAAGAGAAGACAAGAUUCUGUUUGGACACUAUGGUGCAAAUUCUGAUAAAGCAGGGGCAGGUUGAGGUGGAAACUGAAGACUUAAUCACAGACUACUCAGAGUCACUGUUGGUCCACCGCAGUGUUGUAGAAGACCUUAACAACACUAUCAGGACUUUAGGAGAACAGAAGAUUGCCAUUAUGGAGGAGUGCAAAGACUUCCGUAAAGGAAUUAUACAGCAGGAAUGGGGGCAUAAAAGAAUGAGUAUGCAGAUUAAGGAUCUCCACAGCAAAGCCAGAGAUAUACAGAUGCUGCAUGUAUCUCAGGAACUUCAAGAGUACCUGAGUGAGACAGACCAUGACAACAGGAUGUCGAGGAAGGUAUCCUCUCUAGAGAAAACAUUAUCUUUACAGGAGCAGACUCAUGAGAAACAUAUAGAAAACUAUAAAAAACUUAUAAAGCAGCUAAAUAGACAGGCUGAACUGAAGAGAGACAAAACUGCAGCUCUAGACCUGCAGCUGACCAGCAUGCAAGUGGCUGUUGCAGAAAGAAAAAACAUCUAUGAGGCCACAGCAAUGGAGGAGGAUCAAGAGCAUGAUGUUAGAGAACACUACCAAGAAAUCCUAGAGAGAAAGAAGCUCAUGGAUUUGGCAAAAGCUCAAACUAGGGAGCUAGUCACACUGACCGCUGAGUUGGACCGUAUGCGGAAGAAGACAUUCCCUGCUCUUUGAUACAGCAUUUUUAUUCCCAAGUGCAUUUUAACUAAAGCCAUUAAAAACAACACAAACCCAAAAAUAUAAACUAGUGAAAUAAGCAAAACAGUACAAUUAAUGGUUAUGCACUUUUUAAUAAAAAGUAUUUCUAGAAAAACAGCAGGUAAUGACUUGCAAACCUAUUCUGUAUUUAAUUUAAGGGACAAAAGUACAAUUAAUAUUUAAUAAUUUAAGGGACAAAAGCAAGACAAUUAAUAUUUAAACUAAUAAAUUUGAUGGCUGCAACACUUCUUAAAAAGUUAGGACAGGGACAUGUUUAGUACUGUUUCCUUUUAACAAGUCUUUAUUAACACUAGGCAUAACACUAGAAAUUGUGUUUUUCUAAAUAUCAAUACAUUUGUUAGGGUAAAGCAUUAAAUAGCUCAUUAUUUUACAUUUAAAAUAUUUCUUUUAUUAGGAUGUCAUGAAGGAUCCACAAUUAGUCAAUUAAAAUUGAUUUUUGACUUGUCUUUUUAAACACAGAAGUUUCUCUGGAGUUUUGUUAAACCUAUACUUAUUCUUGCUGGUAAACAUCUUAGUCUUUUAAUUGUUACAUAUUCAGCUGUUUACCUGUGCAAAGUUCCAUCACAGUAUGUUGCAGGCAUUAAAUUAAAAAUUACAUAUACUUUUAAAAAUAAACAAUAAACAAUGUUUAUAUUAUUUAUAAAUAUGUUAAAUAUUAA